CAUUACGGUACCAAACAGAAACACCCUGUAGCCAGCGCACGAGAGCGAGAUUAGCGCUCGAGGUGACCAUUGACCAUUGACCAGUGUCGUCAUCCUUUGACUCCCUCCUCCCACUCCUUCAAAAACCCCACAACCACUCCUCCCUUCCACUGCUGUCGAGAGAGAAAACUAGGGAAGAAGACAUGGGGGGAAGAGAGAGUAGAACGAGGAGGAGGGUGCGGCCACUGGAGGUGAGGUUACCGAGCUACUUCCGAUGCCCGAUCUCGCUGGAGGUGAUGAAGUCUCCGGUCAGCCUUUGCACCGGCGUCACCUACGACCGCACCUCCAUCCAGCGCUGGCUCGAUUCCGGUCACCGCACCUGCCCUGCCACUCGCCAGCCCCUCCCCUCCACCGACCUCGUCCCCAACCUCACCCUCCGCCGCCUCAUCCAUCUCUGGUCCUGCACCUCCUCCUCCUCCUCCGCCGCCGCCGCCGCCGCCGACGACAUCUCCUCCUCCACCGAUCCCCUCCCCGCUCUCCGCGACCUCGCCGCGUUCUUCUCCGACCCCGCCGUCGAGGACCCCGAGAAGAACCGCCUCCUCGCCGCGGGAGGCCUCGCGGCCGCCCUCGCCGCCCAGAUCGUCAAGGAGGACGCCGGAUUGGAGACGGUGGAGGCGGCGAUCAGGGUCCUCGCCUCGAUCCUCUCCAUGGAUGGCAUCCACGAGAGCAACAAAAGGGUCGCGAUCUCCGCGCUUUUGGCGGAUCUGGAUGGAUCCGCGUCCGCCCUUAUCGCCGUGUUCCAGAAGGGCGGCAGCUUGGAAUCCCGGAUCGAUUCCGCUCGGGUUCUCGAUUCGAUCCUCUCGUCGUCCUCCGAUUGCGUCGCGGAAGAGGCCAAGAGCUCGAUCGCGGAGAAGCCAGGGCUGAUCCCGGAGCUGGUCCGGCUGAUCGGCGGCGAGACUAAGGUGGAUCCAGCGGCGGCCGACGUGGGGCUGCGGUGCCUGACCGGUAUCUUGACGGCGGCGGGUCAGCGGCUGCGGGUGCCGAUGGUGAGGGCAGGGGUGGUGGCGGCGGCCACGCGGGUGCUGGCGGCGGAUGAGGUGACGGCGGGGGCGGCGGAGCGGGCCCUGCGGGUGAUGGAGGAGGCGGCGGUGUGCGCGGAGGGACGGGCGGCGAUCUGCGAGGCGGCGGAGGAGUGCGUGGGGGCGGUGAUGGGGCGGGUGAUGAGGUUGGGGAGGGAGGGGAGGGAGACGGCGGUGGUGGUGCUCUGGGCUGUUUGCUGCGGCGGCGGCGGGGCCGGCGGCGACUGGAGGGCGAGGGAGGCAUUGGCGGGGACGAGCGGGGGGCUGGCGAAGAUCCUGGUGUUGAAGCAGGGGGACUGCUCGCCGACGGCGGGGAGGAUGGCCGGCGAGCUGCUGAGGAUCUUCCGGGCGGAUUCCAAGGGCUGCCCCGCCGGAUACGACAGCAAGACCAUCCACAUCAUGCCCUUCUGAUCCCCGAAGGGGAGGGAAAGGGUAUUAAUUUAGUGGAUUAUUUAUAGAUAAAUUUGAUUCCAGUUCGGGAAUCCAAAGGAAGGGGAGGAAAAAAUAUACUACUAGACAAUUUGUAAAUGGAUAGAAAUUUUGACUUGAUACAGAAAAAAAGGUAUACAUGAGAAAGAAACUUGCUCAA